UAUCGAAACCGGGUCAUCGUAUUCGGAUCCUCAUCGCAUCUACAAAGAAGCGCGAUCCGCACCUAAUUUUUCCCCCAAAUUCUCCCAAUUCCCUCCAAAUUUCACUGCAAUGAAGUUUCCAAAAUUGUUUUAGUUGUAGGUUUCAAUCUUCAAAUUCGACAAUUCUUUCAUUCAAUUCUGUUAAUUCUCUUUCUAUUGAUCCCUCUAUCAAACCAAUUCGUUGAUUCCAAGAAAUUCUAGGUUUAUUCAUCUUAUUUAUUUUAAAAUUUUGUUUUCGCUAUCUACGGUGUUUAUAAUUCGUUUACCCUCUGCCAAUAGAAUUUGAAACUGUAAUUUUGUUCGGAAAUCUUUUGAUAUCUAGGGUUUGCAUAUUCGUGGUUGAAGAAUCUUAAGGCUCCUUGGAUCCCCGUAAAUUGACUUGGGGUUUUGAUGAUGGGAAUGAAACGUCCUUUAGAAGAAGAAGAUUUUCCAGAGCCUUCUUUCAAGCAACCUAAGCAGCUUGAUUAUAACAAAAAACUGACGUUGAAUACAGAGGAAUCUCACUUAACUACUUUAACAGUUGAUUCUCCGGGUAGAACAAAGAGCAUUUUUUGUAAGUCACAGUUCGAUGGGCGGCUAGAAAAUGGUGACUUAUAUAGUGCAUCUCUAGCGGGCAAAGAGUUUGAGCCAAGUGCACCCUUAUCUUUGGUCACCAGCAGCAGUAGAGAAGAAGAUGUUGUGAAUGGGGACACCUCUGUCUGGUCUAAUUUUCCAGCAUUUACUGAUUUCGGCUUACCAAGGCGACUCCCGCAGCAGUUUGAGGAUCCAUACAUAUCUUUGCUGAAUUCUUCUCCUAGGAAGGAAGUUCCUAUUGGACCAGAUCAUCAAGCUGGAGUCCCACUGUGGGAUCCAAAUGCUAGUAGGGACAACAACAGAGAGGAAGAACUAAUGGGGACUUGUAUCAUUUCAAUGCCUGACGCAAAUGAUUCAACCAUUGGUGAAUUCAGAGUUGGACGUGGCAGAACAGAUUGUGACUGCCUCGAUGUGGGCUCCAUGAGAUGUGUGCAGCAACAUGUAACGGAAGCAAGAGAAAAAUUACGGGAGACCAUUGGGGAUGAGAAUUUUGAGGAGUUGGGAUUCUCUAAUAUGGGUGAUGAGGUGGCAUGCAAAUGGACCCCUGAGGAAGAACAAGUCUUUCACGAGGUUGUUUUCUCUAAUCCUGUGUCACAUGGUAGAAAAUUUUGGAAGCACCUCAGAGUCGCAUUCCCAGCUCGAACUAAGAGGGAACUUGUAAGUUACUAUUUCAAUGUCUUUAUGCUCCAUAGGCGGGCUGUUCAAAACAGAUCUUACUCACUGGACAUAGAUAGCGACGACGAUGAAGACCAGAAAGGUGCCCAUGGAGACUUGUAUCAGAAUGGAUCUUAUUCAUUGGAUCCGGAUACUGAUAAUGAUGAUGAUCAGCAAGGCCCCAAUGGGGAGUGCUAUGCAGUUGGACAAGAAGAGGAAGACUCCACAGUUGAGUCUUUUGGUGAUCAGGAUUUGGACACUAGCUGGGUGGAUGACUUCUGGUCUGAGCCCGAACAUGUCAGCCACGAUGAGGGCAGCAAGCGAAACCAUGACAACGCUGCUGGCAGCAUUUUUGAAAAGCAAGAUGGUGUCGACAUUGAUGAUAGAACAGAGAAAAUGUCCAGUCAAGAGACCAAUAAGUUGUAUGGUGACCACAGUUUUGAUUCUUAACUUCAUAU